AUGUUGCCAACAUCAACAACCAUCAGUCGAUUCUCUCAUCAAUUGCCUACUUAUCUAUGUGAACAGUACAUGGCUCCAGUCUCUUAUCUUCAUGCUCAUCGUGCUCGACAAGAAAGAAAACGUAUACAGUCCAUUCGAUACCGCUUAAAGAAAAGCAAUCAAGUUCUUCGUGUAACGGAUAAAAGUGGCAUAGUCCAUAUUGGUGACGCCAACGAUUAUGAACAAAAAGCAGAAGCUUAUCGAGAAAAAAAGAAGGCGUAUAUCCAACUAGAAAAUGAUCCCCUAUGCGUAGUUUUUGACAAGGCAGUCAAUUUGCUCAAUGAUCUUCGUUCGAAAAAGCACAUUCUUGCAUGGCAAUUUGAUAAAAUGAUGCCGAAACGAGAGAACGCUCAACUAGCUUAUCUGUAUUUUGUUCCAAAACCACAUAAGUUAAUUUUUCAAUGUUCUUUCUUUCCUACCAGUCUAAAUUAUGUUUCUAUUCACAGGAAGGAACACCACUAA